ACUCCACGUCGCCACGGGCCAAGACCAAUAUAAAAUAAGAUCACCGGCCGGCCUUCUACCCAGAACCACAAGCGAUCGAAACCAAUGAUCCCUGGUACGACGACCACGACCACGACCACGACGACAGCCUAAGCCGAUCCAGAGAAGAGCAGACGCGGCGGCGGCCAUGGCAGGUCGCGGUGCGGCCGCGGCCGUGGCGGCCUUGCUGUUCCUCGUCUUCUUCGCCGCCUCCUCGUCUGCAGCCGCCGCGCACGUCGACAAUGUCGCGGACCAUGGUGCGCGCGGUCUCACGCGCCGCACGGAGGCUGAUGUGCGGGCGAUGUUCGACGCGUGGCUGGCGCGCCACGGCCGCUCCUACAACGCGCUCGCCGAGUACGUCCGCCGGUUCCGCGCGUUCCGAGACAACCUAGACUUCGUCGAAGCGCACAACGCUCGUGCCGCGCAGCGCGGCGGGUUCCGCCUCGGGAUGAACCGCUUCGCCGACCUCACCAACGCCGAGUUCCGCGCUGCCUACCUCGGCGCCGGCGCCGCUGGCAGGGCUCGCAACGCAGUCGGCGAGCGCUACAGGUACCAUGCCGAGGACGUGCUGCCGGCGUCCGUGGACUGGAGGGAGAAGGGCGCCGUCGCACCCGUCAAGAACCAGGGCCAGUGCGGCAGCUGCUGGGCGUUCUCCACGGUUGCCGCGGUGGAAGGCAUCAACAAGAUCGUCACCGGGGACCUCGUGACCCUGUCGGAGCAGGAGCUCGUGGACUGCUCACGCAACGGGCAGAACAACGGGUGCAACGGCGGCAUCAUGGACGACGCCUUCGACUUCAUCGUCCGGAACGGCGGCAUCGACACCGAGGAGGACUACCCCUACACCGCCAAGGAGGGCAAGUGCGACCUCGCUAAGAAGGCCCACACGGUCGUCUCCAUCGACGGCUUCGAGGACGUGCCCGCCGACGACGAGGCGUCACUGAUGAAGGCCGUGGCGCACCAGCCGGUCAGCGUCGCCAUCGAGGCCGGCGGGCGUGAGUUCCAGCUCUACGAGUCCGGGGUAUUCACGGGGCGGUGCGGCACGGAGCUUGACCACGCCGUACUCGCGGUGGGCUACGGCACGGAGGCGGCGGACGGCGGCAAGGACUACUGGCUCGUGCGCAACUCGUGGGGUCCGGGCUGGGGCGAGAGCGGCUACAUCCGGAUGGAGCGCAACGUGACCGCGCGCGCCGGCAAGUGCGGCAUCGCCAUGUUCGCGUCCUACCCCGUCAAGACCGGUCCCAACCCGAAGCCGGCACCACCGGCGCCGGAGGAGAAGUGCGAUCGCUAUUGUUCGUGCCCGGCGGGGAGCACGUGCUGCUGCACGUACGGCGUGAGGAGCGUGUGCCUUGCGUGGGGAUGCUGCCCGGCCGAGGGCGCCACCUGUUGCAGGGACCAUGCCACCUGCUGCCCGUCGGAGUACCCCGUCUGCAACGCUGGGAAACGAACCUGCGGCAAGAGCAAGGGAAGUCCGUACAGCGUGGAUGCGCUGCCCCGGACGCCGGCGAAGCGACAGAGGACGGCGGUCUCAGAGCUUGUUGAUUCGAUCUUUUCGAUCUAGAUCUACUUUAGGUUAUAUACGUUACAACUUUCAUUCUCAGAGGACGGCGUUUUAGGUUACAGCUUUCGGUUCUCAUAACGUAGCAGUCUUUCUUUUUUCGAGUCAUUGCAAAUACUUGUAUAUUAUUAGCAGGAGUCAUUCUUUUUCCAAUUGUCAUUGUAAAUACAGUAUAAUUUUACGCGAAGUCAUUGUAAAAAAAUAGAGAAGUCAUUGUAUUUAUAUAUAGUUUUUCUUCUCUUUAAUAAGGAGUGGUAUAUAAUCA